AUGAAUCGUCUAUUUUCUUUUGUUUUUACCUUUGCAUGUCUAGCAAUAUGGAGUAUUAACAGUGAACGUGCAUAUGUUCACGAUAAAUUAGUUCGUUUAGAACCAUUCACAGAUGAACAUAUACAUUAUCUUCAAGCUCUUGAAGAAACAACUUCAUUGGAUUUUUGGACAGAAAUUAUGGCACCAAAUAGAUCAGUUGAUGUUCGUAUACGUGCAAAUGAAUAUGAUCAAUAUGUAUCACAAUUUAAACAAUAUUCAUUACCAUAUGAAAUCAUUGUUAAUGAUAUUCAAGAAGUUAUUGAUAAUGAAGAAAAAGAACUUGCACAAGAUCGUUUAAUGAGACAAAUUCAAAGUCGUUGGUUAGGAGAAGCUGAACCACGUAUUGUUGGUACAUAUGCUACUUAUAAACAAAUGGAAACAUAUCUUGACGAAAAAGCUGCUGCUGAUCCAACACAUAUUAAAGUUAUUGAUAUUGGUAAAACUUAUGAAGGUCGAUCAAUAAAAGUAAUUUCUAUAAAAAUGAAUCCAGCUUCAACAAGAAAUAUUUGGAUUGAUUGUGGUAUUCAUGCAAGAGAAUGGAUCACAUCUACAACAUGUAUUUGGUUAACUGAGGAAUUCAUUAAUGAGUAUAAUAAUAGAGAUCCUAUAAUACGUCAGAUACUUGAUAAAUGGACUGUUUAUGUUGCUCCAUCACUUAAUCCUGAUGGUUAUGAAUAUAGUCAAACAUCAGGUAAUCGAUUAUGGCGUAAAAAUCGUUUUCCAACAAACGUUUUAUGCAAUGGUGUUGAUCUUAAUCGUAAUUAUCCAUGGAAAUGGAAUACCGGCGGUUCUAGUACUAGUGCAUGUAGUGAGACAUAUUGUGGUCGAUCAGCAGGAAGUGAAAUCGAAACACAAAAUGUUGUCAAAUUUCUUGAAUCAUUAAAGGGCACUUGGGACAUGUAUAUGUCAUUUCAUGCCUAUGGUCAAUGGUGGUUUACACCAUACGGUUAUACAACAGGUUUACCAAAAGAUUAUCAAAAACAAUUAGCAACAGCACAAGCUGGUGCAAAUGCUCUUACUGCAGUUCGUGGUACAAAAUAUGCUGUUGGUAGUAUUUCAGGAUUAUUAUAUAUUGCAAGUGGUAGCACUUGUGACUGGGCUUAUGAUUCAUUGGGUAUUAAACAUUCAUAUACAAUUGAACUUCCACCAACACAACAACAAUCAAACAUUGGCUUUGUUUUACCAGUAUCAGAAGCACCUGCUGUUUGUCGUGAAACAUAUGUUGGAAUGAAAGAAUUUUUAAAUAAAGUACACGAAGAUACUGCUCAAUGA